AUGUCCCAGCAGGAACCGCUCACCCCCUUCGGCUCUGCCCUCGCCGGCGCCCUUGGAGCCAUUUUCUCCAAUGCGCUCGUCUACCCCCUCGACACGGCCAAGACGCGUAUCCAGGCGCUGCCGCACGAUGAGGUCGAGCGGGAAGUGGCCGAGGCGACCGAGGUCUCGCCCAGCAUCAAGGAGAAGGCCAAGGGAGGCAACCCGCUCGCGAAGCUCAUUGUCGCGCUCGCGAACAAGACCAAGAAGAUGGCCAUGCUCGCCAUGCUCAUCCGUAUCCUCCGCACCGAGGGUCUCGCGGGCACGUUCCGUGGCUUUGCUGCGUCCAUGAUCAACACUUUCUCCAUGCAGUUUGCGUACUUCUACUUCCACAGCUUCCUGCGUACUGCGGCGCUUAAGAAGGUCGCGACGCUCGGAACUGGUGCCGAGCUCGGCCUCGGCGCCGCCGCCGGCGCGCUCGCGCAGAUCUUCACCAUCCCCGUCGCGGUCGUCGCGACGCGCCAGCAGCUCUGGAACCCGCCCAAGGGCGCGACGGGCAAGGCGGCCCAGGAGCCCUCGCUGCUCGCGACUGCGCGCUCCAUCGUCGCCGAGGGCGGCAUCACGGCGCUGUGGACGGGCCUCAAGCCCGGCCUCGUCCUCACCGUCAACCCGGCGAUUACGUACGGCGUCUUCGAGCGCGGCAAGGGCAUCAUCCUCAAGGGCCGCGAGGGCGGCAAGCUCGGCGUCGGCGAGGCCUUCUGGCUCGGAUGCCUCUCCAAGACCCUCGCCACCAUUGUCACCUACCCCUACAUCUUUGCCAAGGUCCGUCUCCAGGGCCACACCCCCGACGACGUCGACGGCCACGUCCCCAAGGGCGCCCUCGAGAUCCUCAAGGACGUCUACCACGAGCAGGGCAUCAAGGGAUGGUACCAGGGCCUCUCGGCGCAGAUCAUCAAGGCGGUCCUUUGCCAGGGCAUCCUCUUCGUCUCCAAGGAGCAGUUUGAGGACCAGGCGCGCCAGAUCCUCCGCGUCGCCGGCGACCUGCGCGGCAAGCUUGCCGAGCGCGGUGUCAAGCUCCCCGUGUAA